AAUUGGUAUCACUCGCUUUUCAACGCCCUUUUGACAAUGUUCCGUUUCACUAAAACGCUACUGAUGCAGCUGCUCUUGACGGCGGUGCUGCUGGCCGCGCUGUGCCGUGCACAUCCACCCGCAACCACUGCGAUGCCGGCGGCUCUAAUGGAUACAAAUGCUGGUGCCUAUGACAGUAAAUUUGACAAUGUCGACAUCGAUGAGAUAUUGAGCCAGGAGCGUUUGCUUAACAACUAUAUCAAGUGCCUGGAGAGCCAAGGACCCUGCACGCCCGAUGCCAAAAUGCUAAAGGAGAUCCUGCCCGACGCCAUGAUGACGGACUGUGUCAAAUGUACCGAGAAGCAAAAAUAUGGCGCCGAUAAGGUUACGCGUCACCUGAUCGACAAUCGGCCUGAGGAUUGGCAGCGUUUGGAGAAGAUCUACGAUCCGCAGGCGACCUAUCGCAUCAAGUACGAAGAAACCAAGACAUUGGCCAAUGGCCAAAAGGCCAACAUCGAAGUGGAUGCCACGAAUCGUGCCGAGGGCGAUUCCUAACUCCUUUUACGAAACUAAUUUCGCACAAUCACAAAAUAAUUAAUCCCAAAUCUAUAUGCAAGUCUCAUUGCACACAUAUAUAAAUAAUCUAUCCGUAUAUAUCCACAAAAACUUGUUUGCGCGUCACGAAUAAAGUAGUA